AUGCUGCUGACUAAGCUUGGUGUUGCACUUUCCCUUGUUGGAGUGAUUUACACAAUCAAAUGCUAUAGUGGUGAGUCAAUUGUUCAGGAGAUUAAAAGUUAAAUUCACAGAAUCCAUCAACCCUAGUAACAUGUCUCUCAAAUGAUGAUGAAUAACUCUGCCAUACCCAAACAGACAUCACUUUCCAUAAAAAAAUGCUGGUAAUGAAUGGCGUCUCGGAACAAAUUCAUUGCAGGAAUGCAAGGAUCCGUAAAUGGUGACACUAUCGGAGAAAUCGAAUUACUGGAUUGUAACGGCACCGACUAUUGUGUCAAGUAAGUUCAAUACCCGAACCUUCAUCAUUUGUUUGACAGUACAUUAGUGAAGCGACGGAAGUUCUUUCAAUUUGCAAUAAAGAUGAACACAAUCUCCUUCCAGAUUAUUUCCAAAAACAUGGCGAUUAGUGUUGUUUGCUCUCCGAGUAGUUAGUCCGUCUUAUUAGAGCUUAGGCGUAACGGAACGGCCCGACCUGCCAGCCCGUUUGCCUACCGUAUUAUCAGCCUGUACAAGUGUGCGGACCUCUGGUGUGUGGUCAUUAGCAAAUAAGAAUGUAUUGGACGAGGUGUUUUGUGUACUUUGCCGUGAAAGACACUGCGGUAAAGACAAGUUGCUUGGGGUGCCUUGAGGGAAGAGAAAUAAAGGAAAAUAUCUUACGUGGCAAACAUUUUACAAUCCCUGAGAAAUUGACAAUCUUUUUAACCUUGUUCUUCUGGAAAACCGGAAAGUUCACAGUUAAAAAAGUUGGUUUCCCUGGAUUUACUCCAAAAUAAACCCGCUUCAGCUUUCAUUUCUCAAGUCCCGUUUUCCCGUUUUCUCUGCAAAUCUCACCUGUUCGUACGCCUACACAACUGACUACAUUAAACACAAUUUUCCAGACUCCCUUCCGCCGGCAAUGUUGGUCGGAAACACUAUGAGGGGGCUCAAUACAGCUGUGACUUUGGAGAAUGUCGGGUGAGAUUUUCCCUUCUCUUUUUUUUCACAUGCACCUGCUGAUCACACACUAACAUUGUGAAGGGAAAAAACGUCAAUUUUGUUACAGAAAGAAGGGUGCUCGAAACGAGAAAACGGAGAGACGAUCUGCUGCUGUACGACUGAUGAGUGCAAUGGAGGACAUCACGCACAAACGGAAAUGUUCAUUGUCAUUUCACUAAUCUCCAUGCUGGUCUUCAUUUUGAACUAA